AUGAACUCCGAACAACUGGCUGAGAGGCGAAUUUUCUGCGCCAUCGUGGGCGCUGGAUUGACUGGAAUUGCUCUAGCAGACAAACUACUGGGCACGGGAACUCUGAAGCGAGACGAACUGGUCAUCAUCGACAGAAGCGAAGAUUUUGGCGGCGUUUGGCUCAGCAAUAAAUACCCGGGCGUGGCCUGUGACAUCCCAAGUCAUGCCUACGUGAUGCGAUCCUUCCUUAACCCAUUGUGGACAAAAAAGUUCUCUGAAGGUAAAGAAAUACAGCAGUAUUACUCAAAAUAUGCGUCACGUCGAGAACUUGCGAGAAAUGCGGUCUUCAACACCUACGUGCAUGAGGCCCGGUUCAACGAGGAAACCCUGCUCUGGGAAAUACUUGUUCAGAGCAAAAAGACUGGGGAGAAGGUUAAAUGGAUCGCAAAUGUCUUGUUCGACAAUGGAGGCGGCUUUCAUCGUCCAAAGUACGCCAAGAUACCCGGCCGUGAUAUCUUCCGCGGCGAGCAGUGGCACACGUCUGAGUGGCCUCAAAACGUUGAUCUGACGGGCAAACGUGUGGCUCUCAUCGGCACUGGGCCUAGUGCUGCACAGGUAGCCCCCAAAAUCCAACCUGUUGUCGAUAAAUUGUACAUGUACCAGCGAAGCUCGGGACAUGUACUUCCACGCCAAAACUUUGAGUUUCCCUCGUGGGUGAAGACAUUGUUCUCAUGGUGCUACCCGCUUCUGUGGCUAUACCAUGUCUCUUACUUUGUCUCGUUCGAUCGGAAUAAAGAUAUGUGGAUUAGCGGAACGAAGAUGAAUCAGGAUUUUCACGAUGCUUGCAUCACCUUUCUGGAGGAUCAGGUGAAAGACCCCGUUACGCGGGAGAAGCUCCGGCCUACAACGGAAUUUGCGUGCAAGCGUGUUCUCUUCCUUGAUGACUGGUACUCCAUGUACAAUGAGUCCAACGUUGAGCUCAUCACCGAGAAGCCACUGCGGAUCACAGAGCGAGGGAUAGUAUCCAAGUCUGUGGUUGCUCUGCGGGCGGAUGACCUGGCCCCAGAACCGAUUGGCUCAUAUGAGCAUAAAGUGCCAGUGAAGAAUGAAUCAAUGGAUGAGAUCGAACGGCCAAUCGAUGUUUUGAUAUGGGGUACCGGGUUUGACAUGAACGACUCUGGUGGUCAUUUCGAAAUCUUCGGCUUACAGGGCAAGAAUCUUUCACAAUUGUGGAGGGAUUAUCCGAAGACAUACUGGGGUAAUUUUUCUCCAUCUCAUACUUGGAAACAUGAGCUGACGAAGUGCACAGGUGUGGCAGUGACGCAGUUCCCAAACUUGUUCUUGACGCUUGGGCCCAACUCAACUAACUACUGGUCAAAUCUUACGACGGUAGUUGACAUUCAGACUGAUUACCACUAUAAGAUGGUCAAACGCAUCAAAAAGGAGUGCAGAAAAGGGCCCUACGCACUAUUCCCGAAUCAAGAGAUCUCGGACAACUACAACAACUGGCUCAAGAACAACCGUGGUUCUCCGUCGUUCCUAAGUGGCAACUGCGCAACCUAUCACAAGGCAGGCUCAAACUUAUUAUCUGUCUUCUCAAGCAUGGCAUAG